CUUUUAUCUGUAUUAUUACCUGAACUCUGUUGGAGCAAAAUUCUAAACGACAGUGCGGUGGACUUGUGGGAAGGUCUUGAAGCAGGCAUUGAAUUAUAAGCACCCAGUAUGGAUUCAGCAAGAAUAACGCGGCAAAGAGCAACAUCAGUGUGAGAUGUUUGCAAGCAGUGAAAGCACUGUGAAACAGAUUGGUGCAGUGAAAAUGGAUGAUGCUAACAGUGAUAAUAAAGAACUUGAUAUCCCCCAACAUGAUAAUGACGAUUCAGAGAGAGAAGGAAAGAAGCACGUGCCCAUCCGCAGGAAUUCUUUAUUUUAUCGAUCUAUGAGGAAGAAAAGACACACCAAGAGUCAGUAUGAAACAGCAUCACGACAAACUGACAAUGGCUGCAUGAAGGAUGAUGGGCUGCAGGAAAGACCAAUUCAUCUAGGACGCACUCCCAAACACUCAGGUUCAUUGCCUUGCUGGAAAAUACCCACGAACACUCCUCAGCACAUGCAGAGAUCACCACUAUUCAGCAACAACCUUGGGUCAUCAGUACCAAAGAACCCUGGACUUAAGGACUGGAGUAGAGGUGAUACAAAAAUGCUGCCCAGUUGUUAUGGGCCUUUGCCAGUUUUGGGACUAAAUGAUAUGCAAAAGGAAAACCACUCACAAAGACGCAGUGACUCCCAAAGUUAUCCAUUGGCAUUGAACACAGAAAAUCUAAAUAAAGCAACCAGUUCCAUUUCAACUCAGAGUAAAGUUACUUGCACGGAGACUCUGACCAAUGACCUUGGUUCCUGCACUCUCGGAGAAGCUCAACAGAUAAGUCAGCCCCUUGAAGAAAGAAGUUUCAAAAUAACUUCACUGGGAAAUGUUCAAGAGAAAGAUAACUCAAACAGAUUUCUUGAAGCAAGCUCACAACAGAAUGGAAAUUCUCCGGCAAAUGCUGCCCUAUCCAGAUUCAGGAAUGUUUGGCAGUUCGUUGAAAACAUAGAACUUCUGUAUCAGGAAUAUCGGGAAAAGAGCACAUAUCAAGAAAUUGAGACAAGACGGAUGCAGGAUUGCACUGAAAAGAACAGGACAGAGUUUGCAAAUGAAGCCAAGCCUCAGGAAGUAAAAACUGACACCAGUAUUCCUGCUCAAGUGCCAUCACAACCUGUUAAACUCAGUCUGACUACAAAUAACCUGGGCAUGAAAUUAUGGCAGAACACAGAGAAAGUAAGAAACAGCACAGUGUUGAGUACUCUCAGUCGCAGGGAAAUUAAACUCCAGGAGGCGAUGUUUGAACUUGUCACAUCUGAAGCUUCUUACUACAAGAGUCUGGAGAUCUUGGUUUUCCACUUCAUGAAAUCUGAGCAACUCAGUGAAAUACUCAGUCCCAUUGAGAAACAUCAUAUUUUCUCCAACAUCCUUGAUAUUAAAGCAGCUAGUGAAAGAUUCUUUCGGGACCUGGAGCACCGUGUGGAGGAAGACAUUGUUAUCUCGGAUGUCUGUGAUAUAGUGUACGAACACACAGUUGGCUACUUUAACGUCUACAUCCCAUACGUCACAAACCAGAGCUAUCAGGAGGCUGCCUAUCGACGAUCAAUGGAAAAUAGCCUUCAGUUCCGUAAUGUGAUGGCUGAGCUCGAGAAGGAUCCCAAAUGUAGAGGGCUGCCCUUUCCCUCAUUUCUCAUCCUGCCUUUUCAAAGGAUAACACGUUUAAAACUACUGGUACAGAAUAUCUUGAAAAUAGCUGAGGAAGAGUCAAAGAGAGAAAGUACAGCCGUGAGGGCACAUCAAGAACUUGAAAAGAUUAUCAAAGAGUGUAGUGAACGUGUGAAAAAAAUGAGCAGAACUGAACAGCUGAUCAAUUUUGAGAAGAAACUGGAAUUUAAAGUCAAGUCUGUGCCAAUCAUCUCCCAUUCUCGGUGGCUGCUGAAGGAAGGUGAACUUGAACAAAUGUCUGGACAGAAAGCAACGCGAACAUUUCGGAAGAAGAAAUUGUUCAAGCCGGUCUACCUGAUUUUGUUCAAUGACCUUUUUCUAAUAACCAGGAAACAAUCCUACGGUGACAGAUAUGAAGUGUUUGACUAUGCACUUCGAGGUCUUCUUCGAGUUCAAGAGCUGGAAGACCAAGGUCAGGCACUAGCAAAUGUCUUCACCCUACGACUCUUGGAGAAUAGUAAUGACCGGGAGAUUCAAUAUAUGCUGAAAGCAAAGUCACUAAGUGAUAAGAAACGCUGGGUUCAUUCACUCAUGCCAAACCGAAGAACUAAAUAUGUUUCUCCCAGCUCUUUGCAUUGGGAUUGUCCUCAGGUGCAGUGCAUUCAGAGGUACACAGCACAGGAACCUGACGAGCUCUCAUUGGAAGCUGCUGACAUCCUCAGCGUUGUUGAAUGGACAUCUGACGGCUGGAUAUUAGGAGAUCGCCUGCAUGACGGAGAGAAAGGCUGGUUCCCAAGCCUAAUGGUUGAAGAGAUCAAAAACCCACAGCUCCGAGCUCAGAACAGAAAAGAAUGCUACCGAAUCUAUAAGGCGGAAGAAUGCCAUGGCAAUAAAAGCAAAGAAGGGAGAAAAUUUACCAACAGAAAUGUGAUCCAUCAGCAGUGAUCAAAUCUUUGUAUUUUGUUAAGCUUGUAUUUUUAACAGAUUGUGAAACUCCCACCAUUCUGCAUGGCAGUGCUAGCAGUGAAUAUUUGCCAGAAAACUGCAGAUUGUGAACUGUUUUUAUUUAAUUUACAGAAUGCUACAUCUUUUUAAAUUAUUUCAUCUACACAGUGAAAGCAUGAUUGAAGUGAAUGUGUUUUAUCGACAGAAUGUAGCCAUGAAACGCAAUGAAGGGAGAUUAUUUGGACUUUAUUUUAACCAAGUAAUGGUUAAUUCCAAUUUAAAUAUAAUGGCAGCUAUCAAGACAGAAAAAUAUAUAUACAUGAAUCAAAGUAAAUCUUGCUGUGCUUGGUUAAAACUUGUAUGGCAAAUGUCCAGAGGAUGAAUUUUAAGAUGGAAUGCACUAGAUAGAAAUUUGAAAAGAAUCCAUUAAGAAUUAUACUCUGUAAUAUGGCUGAAAACUGCAAAUCUCUUUACAUUAACUGUGAAGAUGAAGUAGAUCUUUUGACCUGGUGCCAUGCGGAUUCCUAUACAAACCCAUACAACUAAUUUUUUUAUUAAGUAAGAAUUUACCAAAAAGGAGUUUCCAUACGUGAAAUUUAGCCAGCAUUAGAUUAAUUCUGAACUUUAACUCCUGGCAUUAUUACUUGCUAUGUUACCUCCUAACUUCAAACAUUUGCUGCAAUUCUCAUAAAUUGAUCUUCAUUACAAGGAUCAAGAUGAAAGAAACCAACCAUUAACUGAAGAAGUAAACAAACAAAUCAAGUGAGAGGACUAAGGAAAAAAGCUUAAAAAUAAGUUUGGACAGGAAGAUGUUAUAUUCUGUAUCCAAGAAAAUUUAUUCAAUUUCAUAAUAAACCCUGUGGCUGUGUCCACGUGCAAUAUGGGAUGGAGAAAAGAGAAAACAAUCACAGUUAAGUACUUGUCUAUAGCUUAAAAACAACUCUGGUAGAUGGUUUUAAAGAUAAAUAGGGAGGGAAACUGGCAAAAAAAAAGUGAUUUUUGUUAACCUGCCAAGCCCUCGAUACUCCAGUGCACCCAAAAGGAUGUGUUACAUGGACAAUGCAGCAGCUUGUAACCAAAGCUUCCGUUGGGUGCCAUUAAAUGCAAGGUUCGGUUGUGUCCAGAGUGUCUCGACGAACUUUCUGGGCACUACACAUUUAAAAAGAAUGAAAAUGUACAUCAUAGGAUUUGGGUCAGAGGCCAAGCUGGUACAAUCAGAUGGCCAGAGGUUACAAAGCUGAUUUGGCCAAAACUGAGGGGUGGGGGUUGCUGAUGGAGGGAUUGAGGGCUAUGCUAUGGUCAGGGAUGGAAUGAGGGGGUGUUGUAAAGGGAUUGUGGCCAACCUUUGGGUUCAGGAGGAUGUGCCUAGAAUUGAGUCGAUGACCCAAGCACAAUGUUGUGGUAAGUGUGGAGUGGGUGAGGAAUGUUCAGAUGGGGUUGGGGUUGGAGACUAAGGCCAUCAAUGGGGGACUCAAAGCAUUCUGCCAUUGUAUGUUCAGUGAGAUUGGAGUUGACCUGGGGUCAGGAAGAGAAGGAGAUCAGGAAAUCAGAAGAUUGGAUUAUUGGUGUAAUAGGAAGUGUGAGAGUUGGUAAUCAGGAGACUGGAGGGUUGGGGGUGGAGAGUUUGACAGUCAGGUUCUGUUUUUCAGGGGUGAGUUGGCAAUACAUCAGGAGUGAAUAGGGGUAGGGACAAACCAUUGGGAGUCCAGAAUGAGGCAAGGUGAGUAAGACUCUUACUUGAGAGGAGUCACUGUCUAGCAUAGCUUUGGAAAAUCUAGCUGGCUCAGGCGUGUUCAGUGGUAUUGCUCUGGGACUAUAUUGGUCAGAAUUCUCCCACAAUAUCCCAACAUGGCGAUGUUCAGUGAAUGAUGGAAAUCACUCUUGGAAUACCAAAGUGACUCACAUCCACAUGUGCUGGAAUGAGAUUUCCACCAAGAAACCACUAAGAAAUGAUCGUUAUGACUUUCACCUUGUUUUAAUUGUAUAUUGUUGAAAAAGACAUUAUUGUGAAAUUGAAUUUCUAGGCUGAUGAGCUAUAAGGGUUUCUCUGGGAGCUAUUAUAUCAAUGACUUAAUUGGAAAGAAGUUAAACAGUCUAAGGAAAAGUCAUCGGCAUUAACUCCAAUCCAUUUUCUGCUCCCUCCCUGCCAAUUUUAUAAUGCUGUAUAGGUAUUGUCUCAGGAUGAAUCAGACUGUUCCUUCCUUGGGAUCCCAUUUGACUUGAAUUGAGUUACUGACCAUGAAUACUCUACAUCACAAAGACUGCCUAUCCUUCAAUCUCUAAAAUAUAGCUUGCAUUUGCUCUGCCCCAACCUGUCCCAUGUUGAAAACGUUAUCCAUAGUUUUAUCUCUAGAUUCAAAUACUGCAAUCCAAUCAUCAUAAAAUCACUAAAGCCUAUGUUGCCUGGACCUUAACUCACGCCAAAUCCCACUCACCCAGUACUCCUGGUGUACAUAAAUUUAAAUUCCUCUGAUCUUUAAACUAGGCCUUUUCAUGGUAGCUAUCUGGUUGGAUUGAUUUUGUCUAGGCUAACUCUAGUGGGGAUUUGAGCAAGGGCUGGACAGUUACACGUCCCAUUUUUCAGAUAAAAUGUUAAGCUUAAACUCUUUAUACUCUCUAAAGUAAAUGCAUGUCAUCCAAUGGCACUACCUUGAAGAAGAGCAGAGAAGUUGUAUCCUGUUGGCCUGGCUAAUAUUUGUUCCUCAAUCAACAUCAUUAAAAGAAUGAGGAAUUGCAUUGCUUUUUUGUGGGAGCUUGCAAUGUACAAAUUGAAUGCAAGUUUCCUACCUUGCAAUAGUGACUUUACUUCAAAAGUAUUUCUGGCUGUAAAAUACUUUGAGAUGUCCUGUGAAAACUAUGUCAAUGGAGCUGGCCACUAAGAACAGGAGAAAUUAUAUCAAUUUUACAACAAUGUGAAGAGAGAUUCAGCAUUUAAGAUCUUUUCAGCCAAUAACUGUGUCAGAAUUUUAUUAGCAGUAACGUAGGUUGGAGAUGUACCAUAGCUCUCAAUUGUGUCAAAGUUAUCAGAUGCAUGGUAGUGUUAUAAUUAUUUGGGCCAGAUUUUCCUCUGGGCAUAAAUAAUGACCCAGAAACAUGGAGAAAAUCAACCUAUCAAUGUUCUACAUAAGUGCCAUCAUUGGCUGAACUUUGACAGCGAUGCAGCACACCAAGAGGUUUAGAGUAAAAAGGUGUAAAAAUUACCAAUAUAAAUAUUGUGGUUCUGAAUUAGUCAUUAAGUGACUGUUAAGCAUUUAUGAAACAUCUCAACAAAUGAGAGUAAAGAAUGAACAGAAAUUAAUGUCUUGCAUUGUAAAACAGUUUCAGCGACUUGUGAAGAGUUUUGUCGAUCAAGUGGUCCUUCAUUUUACAUAGAUGCGGAAUUUCUGUAAUCAUAUAAAGAAGACGA